AUGGCGGACACACCCACGGCGACGGCGGCGACAACGGACGCCGGGCUCACCCUCCGAGAUGACGGCCCUGCCGCACACACCCCGUCGUCCUCCAACAUCUCCCAACCGUCGCCCUCGAGUGUUCCGUCCAGCAUCUCGGAGAGCAGGAAACGCAGCCUCCCCGCAGCCUCCCCUGAUGAAGACCGCCGCUAUUCGUCUGCAACGGCCGCCAGCCGGCGAAGGAACCACAAGGUCAGCCGUGCGUGCGACUACUGCAAGGCCAAGAAAUUGAAAUGCUCCGGCACCAUCCCCUGCGACGGGUGUACGAGGAAGAGACUCUCGUGCAUCUACGAUGCUUCCUACCGUCGAGGCAGACCGCCGACGCCUCCUCCGGCACCCGCCCCCCGCCGCGAGACGACUGAGACUACGCUGACCCGUUUACUCCCUCCUAUCGAGGCGCACAGGUUUGUCGUCCCUUUUCAAGAGGCGGGCAAGCCUCUCCGGAUUCUUGCACAGGAUGAGCAAAAUGUGCUGACGAGGCCCAGGAAACUGCUUCCCACCGAGGCGCCCCUCUUGCUACACCCUUCCCCAGGAGCCACGCUGCCUGGUCUAGGUGUAGUCAACGCCGCCCGGCCUAUAGACUCCGAGCUUGCACCCAUCAACAUCUCGGACGCUGGAGCAAACGAGAGCGUCCCGCCGACGUCGAGGGCGUCGCCAGAAGUCGAGAUGGCCGAGAUCGGAGGGCAGUACGUCGACAACACGUCAAGCCUUACCUUUCUUCACCGGGCCUGGAAGCGUCUUUCCUCACAGAGGUCGGGCGGGAGUGAUGCUCCGGGACACGUCCCCAGCGGCGUCGAGCAGCACCAGAAGCUGACGAGGGCGGGUGACAAGCCGUUUGAAUCCCAUGUUCUCGAUAUCUCGGCUCUCCCGGAUCGAUCCACGGGCCUGGGGAUGCUGCGCUUCUACUUCGACGUCUGCGUCGUGACCUAUCGCUGUCUGCACCAGGGCUACGUCACCGAGUGGUUCGAGGGGCUGCUUGCGAAUGCACAGGUCAACCGGCCCCUGCAUCACGGCAUAGGAUACGCCAAGGCGUCCAUCGUCAUGACCAUUCUGGCCAUCGUCACGCUGCGGCAAAGCAAGGUCCGAGGAGGCACCGGCACUGCCGCGGCGGAGAGCUCUGAUCUCCGGCGCAGCGAUGCUUACUUCUCUCACGCUUCAAGCCUCACAGACAUGGAGGUCGGCCUGCCGAAACUGGAGUCUGCCCAGUCGCGCCUGUUGCAAGCUCUCUACCUCCUCCAGACGUCCCGCAUGAACCAGGCGUGGUACGUCUUUGGGAGCAUCCUCCCCAUCGUCUCGGCGCUGGGCCUGCACCGGAAGUCCGGCCGCAACAGGGGCAGCGGCGACAGGGACUACAUCGUCUCGCAGUGUAGAAAGAGGACUUUCUGGGUGGCCUACACCAUCGACAAGUACCUCUCCGUCGUCUUUGGCCGUCCUAGGAUGUACCACGACGACAACAUCGACCAGGAUUUCCCGGACCGCGUCAACGACGAAGACAUGACGCCCCAAGGGAAGUCGAGGGAGGAGCCCGAGAUGGACUGCCACGUCGAGAGCCUCAUCUUCCACGCGAAACUAGCCCAGCUCAUCGACGGCAUCUCGAGAGAGGUCUACUCGAUCAAGCACAUACCCAAGCACGACCGCCUCAUGGCAGCCCACCGAUACGGCCAGGCUCUCCACCAGUGGCGCGAGUCGCUCCCCCAUCACCUGGGCACCGUCCGGCCCAUGUCUCUGAUCCCUUCGUUCCGACGUCAGAACACGGCCCUCAAGCUGGCGUAUUGCCAUGCCAUCAUGCACGCCAACCGUCCCUUUCUCCUCGGUACCGGGGCGUCCAACAAGAGCGGCCGGCGUUCCGCCCUGGACGACAGCGUCGACGAGUGCAUCAACGCCGCCAAGGCCGCGCUCGAGACGGUCGACGGCAUGGCCAGCGACGGCACGCUGUUCCACGCCUUUUGGUGGACGCCGUACGUGACCUUUUGCGCGCUGGCGGUUGUGUACGUGUGGGAGAUCCAGAGGGGCCGGGACGACGGCGAAGAGGGGCUCUUUGAACUCGCCGAACGCUGCCAGAACCACCUGGCGGACGCCACCGCCGCCGAGAGCCCGGGCCGCAGGUACAGCGUCAUCCUCGAAGAGCUUCGCCAGGAGGCCAGGUACCAUUCUGCCGGGCCCUCGGGUCGCGACCAGAGGCCCGCGACCGAGCCGGCCGAGCGCCGCGGAGGCGCCGAGCCGACGCGGCUGGACGACGCUCCCAGACCCCCGGCGCCGCCGGCAGACAUGGGCGAGGUGUUCCAGCAGCCGGGCUUCGAGGGCAUGACGAGCCUCUUCAGCAGCUGGGAGACCACGGACUGGCUGGAUCUCGACUCUUCGGUACACCAAUUCCUCCAAAGGAUCUAA